CUGCGCAGAACCGGUGGCGCCCAAAGCCUUUUAAGAGGCGUUACAGUCCUGUCUUAGGUUUCAGUUCACCGCCUUCCUCUGCAGUGUACAUAGCUCUCCGUCAAGAUGAUGGCCAGGACGCUGCUUCCACUCCUAGUCCUCCUGGCCAAAGACAGCUUGGUGGUGGACGCGAGGGGGUGCUUAACCAUUCGUGAGAAAAGGAACAUUCAAAACAUGUAUUUGGAUUAUAAAUGCAUGAGGCCCGGAGAGAAAUUUGUUGAUCUCACCCUCGACGAGGAUUACGUGUCGUUUGUUCCAACAAUGGCUAAAGUGAGGCGGUGCUCCAUGAUGUACUGCAUGGCGAAUGACAUGAGGUGCCAGGCAACGGGAAAGGCGAAUGAGACGAUCAAGGUGGAGGCGUACAGUAUGACGCAAGGCAUACAGUGCCUAAAACUUAUAGUUGAACAUGAUGUGGGUUGCAAAUGCCAAAGGUGUCUACCCCGGACGUGCCCUAACAACAACAUGGACUUCAACCGUUCGACCUGCAAAUGCGAGUGCACGCAGCAGUUCAUCGACAGAUGCAGAAUCAAUGUGAAUAAAGGAACACACAUGCUCGACAGAGAGAACUGCCGGUGCAUGUGUAACGAACCCAAGAGAGACUGUGGGAGACGCAUGUGGAACCCCAACACAUGCAGGUGCAUGGACUGAAGACAGAGAAGAAACCACCAAUAAAAGAGUUAUUUUUGAAGAUGUUAUUGAUAUAUUUCAUAAGGAUAAUUUGUUUUUGUUUGUUUUACAAAGUUCAUGAAUGUAUAAUACAAAUGUGAAAAUAAGAAUAAAAAUUAUAUGUGAAAGAAAGGUGGUUUAUGAGAUACUAUUAGUAAGACUGGAAGAUAAUGAUGCGCCUACUUUGUAUCUUAUUACCACGAACAUGCUACGUUUGUACAUCAUGUCUUCAGGUGCAAAAUAAACCAUAAAGGAAAACAUAACAAGCAU